GGUCACUGACAUCACUCAGGUCCGCCCACCACCAGGGGUACCGGAUGCCGCAAUAGGCGGGAAGGGGCGGAGCCCGCAGCCGCCGCGCCCAGGGACCCACCAGGACCUAAGGGAAAGGGCGACGGCAAGGGGGGCGGGCCGAGCGACGGCUUCCGGCGGAAACUGGAGUGAGCAAGAUGGCUACCACCAAGCGUGUGCUGUACGUGGGUGGGCUGGCAGAAGAGGUGGACGACAAGGUUCUUCAUGCGGCUUUCAUCCCUUUUGGAGACAUCACAGAUAUUCAGAUUCCUCUGGAUUAUGAAACAGAAAAGCACCGAGGAUUUGCUUUUGUUGAAUUUGAGUUGGCAGAGGAUGCUGCAGCAGCUAUUGACAACAUGAAUGAAUCUGAGCUCUUUGGACGGACUAUUCGUGUCAAUUUGGCCAAACCAAUGAGAAUUAAAGAGGGCUCAUCCAGACCAGUUUGGUCAGAUGACGAUUGGUUGAAGAAGUUUUCUGGGAAGACUCUUGAAGAGAAUAAAGAAGAGGAAGGACCCGAGCCUCCCAAAGCAGAAACCCAAGAGGGAGAGCCCACUACAAAAAAAGCGCGGUCAAAUCCUCAGGUGUACAUGGACAUCAAGAUAGGGAACAAGCCCGCUGGCCGCAUCCAGAUGCUGCUGCGUUCUGAUGUUGUGCCCAUGACAGCAGAGAAUUUCCGUUGCCUGUGCACCCAUGAAAAGGGCUUUGGCUUCAAGGGAAGCAGCUUCCACCGCAUCAUCCCCCAGUUCAUGUGCCAGGGUGGUGACUUCACAAACCACAAUGGCACGGGGGGCAAGUCCAUCUAUGGGAAGAAGUUCGAUGAUGAAAACUUCAUUCUCAAACACACAGGAGCAGGCCUUCUCUCCAUGGCCAAUUCUGGCCCAAACACCAAUGGCUCCCAGUUCUUCCUGACCUGUGAUAAGACAGAUUGGCUGGAUGGCAAACAUGUGGUGUUUGGGGAGAUCACUGAAGGCCUGGAUGUCUUACGGCAGAUUGAGGCUCAGGGCAGCAAGGAUGGGAAGCCAAAGCAGAAGGUGAUCAUCGCUGACUGUGGAGAGUACAUGUGACCUUCGCUCGGCUCCCACCUCUGGAAGACAAGGACGGAGCUCUGGCGUCUGGGGCCCUGGUGCUGACUGGGUCCUGUGAAGCAGUUGUGUGUGGCCCAAGCCCUUCUUUGGGGUUACCGUCCUUAGCAGCAGCUCCUCUGCAGGGCCCAGGCUCUCUCUUUGGACGUGGCUGGGCCUUAAAGCCAGCAUAGGCAGUGUGCUGCCGUCUGUCCUGGGCCGGCUCUAGCCACUGGGUGGCUUUGCUGAAAUAAACUGGUUUUUUGUACUGUU